UUGAUGGAGAGAAGGAGAGGAGAGAGGUAGAGAGAUGUGACAAACAACGGAAACAACUUUUUUUUAAACGUUCACUGUUUUCCUUUGUCGUGCAUUUGACUUUUCUCUACUUUGCUUACUUUUCUUUUCUCAUUUCACGGCCGUUUCGCUGCUUUACGGUCAGAGUCGUGUAUCCUGGCAACGCGAACAACUGCCCUGCGAAGUUUGGAUCAAGUGUUACACCUUCGGCCGGAAAUUAAACUGGAUAUUUACCCGCUCAACUAACGGAACCGACUCUGGGAUGCAUAUGAGCGAUUGUGGAACUAUUUCCAAUAGUUUGUAUUCAUAUUCAAUGCUUUCCUUUGUAAACUCAGUGUUUAGCGAAACGGGACAGCGCGAGACAAUAGUGGUGUGAGCUCGCGAAGGCGCGCGGGAGGGGGUCGAUGCCUCGCGGGGGCUUUGUUCUGUCCUGUGUGGUGACCCCACCGCGAGCCUGCUGCUGAUAUCGACUGAUUGGCCGAGGAUUUUAGCAGCCGUUGGUGAUUAAUAAACGGAUUUUGGAAGCCGCUGGAACAACCAUGGACGUGACUCUGUCCGAGUUACUGGCCACGUUCAUGGAGUCGCCGCUGGUGGUGUGGGUGCGGACGCUGGGUCCUUUGGGUUCGUGUGACGAAGCCGGCUCAGAGGAGCGGGUCAACAUGUUCAUGGAGCUGGUGAAUGGCGUCUUUCUGCACAAGAUCAUGACACACAUUGACCCCAGCCCAACCCAUCAGAGGCUGAACAAGAAUGUGAACAAUGAUGUGUCGCUUCGCCUUCACAACCUGACUGUUCUCACCAGACACAUCAGGACGUACUACCAGGAGAACUUGCAGCAGUUAAUAGUCAUGCCCCUUCCUAACAUCCUCUGCAUCGCCAAGGAUCCAAUAUCAGCUAAGAGCAUGGAGGAGCUGAAAAGACUUUUGUUGCUGCUACUAGGCUGUGCCGUCCAGUGUGAGCGUAAGGAGGAGAUGAUAGAGAAGAUCAAGCUGCUGGACAUUGAGACCCAAGCUGCCAUCGUCUCCCACAUCCAGGAGGUGACCCAUAACCAGCUGAACGUUCUUGACCUGUCCUGGCUGGAGGAAGGAUCAGAGCUCGCACACGAAGAGCUAGAACCUGUGUCCCGCAACAUGGCUGCGUCGCUACAGCAGCUGAUUGACCAGAGAGACAAAGCCAGUGAGGUGAUUGUGAAUCUGACCCAGGAGAGGGACUACCUGUCCAGUCAACAGCCCCAGGAAGGGUUCAGGAACCUGGGCAUGAGCAGCCCAGAGCGUGGGCAGAGUUCUGGAGGCGUGGGAGUGAAUAACGGUGGAUCGGCUGUGUCUGGGCUGACCAAAGAGGAGAAGCAGCAUCUGUCUGUGGAGCUCGCUGAUACCAAAGCCAAGCUCCGCAGAUACAGACAAGAACUGGAGGAGAAGACAGAGCAGCUGAUGGAUUCAAAACAUGAAGUGGAGCGACUGGAUCAGGAGUUACAGAGACAGAAACAAGAGAACCAGUCGCUGUCUUGUGAGGCUCGUUCCGUCAGAGUGUACCGGGACGAGGUAGACUCACUGAGGGAAAAAGCAGCCCGGGUUGACCGACUGGAGACCGAACUGACCAGAUGUAAAGAGAAACUCAAUGAUGUUCACUUCUACAAGACCAGAAUGGAGGAGCUUCGCGAGGACAACCUUACUCUCAUUGAGACAAAGGUGCUGUUGGAGGAGCAGGUCUCAGCCUCCAGGGGACGCUGUGAUAAACUGCAUACGUUGGAGAAAGACAACCUGUUACUUCGAGCUAAAAUACACGACCUGGAAAUGGAGAGGGACAAUGAACGUCGGAGGUUGGAGGAGCUAGUGGAGGAGAACAUGCUGUUGGAGAUUGGACAGAAACAGAGUAUGAACGAGUCUGCUCAUCUAGGCUGGGAGCUGGAACAGCUGACCAAGAACAAUGACACUAACACAGAGACUCGUAAGUCGUUGGUCCAUGAGCUGAACGAGUGUGUUUCCAGUCGAGUGUUGAAGCUGGAGAAGGAGAACCGGGAGCUUCAAUCCUCUAUAGAGAGACUGAAAGAGGAGAACCACCUCCUGCAGGAGCAGCAGCUCCACACCCAGGAGUUAGACAGGGAGAACCAAGGCCUCAGCAAGAAGUUGGACCGUCUCCAGGGUUUAUUGGACCAGGAGAGACUGACCAAUCAGGACAUGGAGUCUCUGGGAGAUGAAAUAUUGAAGGAAAAACAGACUCUGGAGAGAGAUAUGCACACUCUGAGGGCAGAGAAAGACAGACAGAUCUCAGAGUUGGAGAGUGAGAAGCAGCACCUCGCUGAUGCCGUGGCGUCCCUUCAGGAGCGCGCUCAGUCAAACAGCGAGGCGAGGGUCCGCGAGGUGGAAACCGAGAACUGCCUACUGCACCAGAACAUCACUGACACCAGCUCCCGAUUGGCCAGAUUAGAAACCCAACUCAAACUAGCCAGCGAGGAGGCAGAGAGGCUGAGAGAGAGGGCAGGGAGGUGUGAGGAGGUGGAGCGAGAGGCGGCGAGGCUGGAGAGGAGCAGAGACGCUCUGAACAGAGAGGUGGCCUCUCUACGUGCAUGCAGCGAGCGGUCAGAGGCUCUAGAGAAGCAGGUGUCCUCCCUGGAGCAGGAGGUGCACAGGUUGAAGCGGGAGGCAGAGGAGGCCCAGCGGGAACUGCAGCGACUGGGGAGGCAAGAGGCGGAGAACAGCCUGCUGUCGAAGGAGAACCUGGACCUGCGCUGCUCCCUGGAAAACAUGCGCUCCUCAUCCGCCCGCCUGGUCUCCCUACAGGAGGAGCAUAAAGAGGCACAGAGAGAGGCACAGAAUCUGCAGAGGAGGCUGGAGGAGGCCAGACAGGAGGCACAAGGAGAAAGGAAGAGGGCAGAGAGGAUCGAGCUGAACGUUGCCACUCUGAACCAGGAGAAGCAUCGCUUAGAGGAGGAAAUACAAAGGAGCAAAGGAGGGAGAAGAGAGAGGAGAAGAAAAAAAAGAACGUAGAAAAGAGAAGAACUGAAGAGAAGCAAGGAAGUCAGAGAAGUGGGAGGAAGUUGAAGGAGAGGAGGAAGAUGGAAGGAGGAAAUUGGACAGUCCGAGAAGGGCAGGAAGCAUCUGGAGAAGGAGAGCUGGAAGCUUAGAACACUGCUGGAGGGUAAAGAGACAGAGCUGGAGGAGAAAAGCCCACACCACAGUAAUAAAAGACUGGGUAAGGAAGUGGAAAGGCUGAAGGAGGUGUCCGCUGGAAGGGUUUAAGAAGUAGAAAAGGACACUAUGGGAAAGAAGUCGGCAUCUGGCCACAAUAGAGACUUGGUGUCGGAGAAACUGAGUGUUCAGCAGCAGAGUGUUGAGUUAGAGAGACUCAAUCAAGAACUGGAGAAGAUCGGACUGAACAGAGAAAAACUACUACAGCAAGAGCACACACUGGAGGACAGCAGGUACAGGCUGCUGGAGUCUCGGCUUGAGGAAACUGUCCAACAGACAAUGAAGAUUAAAGAGGAGAAAAUCGCCUGUCUAGAAAAGAAACUACAACAAAGCAACACACUCAACACUAUGUUACGUGCUGAGCUAGCCACUGAGGAAGAAAACCAAAACUCACAGCAGCGCUCAGGAAGCGACAGGGGUCAAGGGUCAGCCACUGCCGAACUGCUACGAAUCAAAGAUUAUCUAAUUGAUGUUGAAAAGAAUAAUGCCUCCCUGCAGAUGGAGAGCAGUCUAUUGAAGGGGCAGCUCAAACAGCUGGAGAACCAGAACACAUCUGUUAACAACCAGAUGUUGGCGCUGCAGCGACACACCACCACCCUGCAGGAACAGAAUUCAGCCUUACAUACGCAGACAGCAAAACUACAGGUGGAGAACUCCACACUUUCUUCCCAGAGUGCAUCUCUCAUGGCCCAGAAUGCUGUGCUGCAGGGCCAAGUCACCGCCUUGGAGUCGGAGGUAGAGUCGUGGCAGAGACAACGCGAGGAGGCGUGGCGAGGCAGAGAAAGCGUGCUCAGUGACCAUGAACGCCUGCUGAGCGUUCAUGAAAGGCAAGCGCACGAGUACGAGCAGCUGAUCAGUCAGCACGCUGCACUGAAAGGCAAACAGAGGGCGCUAGAGGGUGAACACAGGACGCUACACAGCAAGUAUUGUAUUUUACUGCAGCAGAAGGAGAAAUGGGAGGAACAGGAGGGGCAUGGUCGGAAAGAGAAGGAGGACCUAAACCAGGAGAUCCAAAAGAAUCGGCUACUACAGCAAGAGAAUCUACAGCUAAAAACAGAAGUGGACAGAAUAACCGAGAGCCAAUCACAGCAAUCAGAGCAAUGUGAGGUGUUGCAGCAGCGCAUGAAUGAACUCAAAAGCUCAUUAAGCGCCUCCCAGCUGGAAGAGAGUCGAUGGAUGGCGCGAUACGAUUCACUAAUGGAGCAACACCAGGGCCUGGAUCUAACCAUGACCAAACUAGACAACCACUGUGAGCUGUUGAGUCGACUGAAAGGGAACCUGGAAGAAGAGAACCACCACCUCCUGAGUCAGAUCAACCUGCUGAGUCAGCAGAACCACACUCUACUUGAGAGGAGCAUGGAGAGCAAAGAGCUGUAUCACCAGGAACAGAAACUCUACAUUGAUAAGCUGAACGCUCUUCGUCGUCAGAAAGAGAAACUAGAAGAAAAGAUCAUGGACCAGUACAAGUUCUAUGACCCCACACCUAAAAAGAGGAGUCAGUGGUCUGGAGCCAAAGCUUUAGUCAAACUGAUCAAACCCCGAAAGGAGAGCAGCAGCAGGGAGCGAGGGGCCGACCGUGACAAGGAAGGAGGCAAAGAUAGAGAACGAGCAAAGAGCGCCCCAGACAUCCCACUACCUUCCCCGCCUCCCCUCCUCCCUCCUAAAACCCCACCACCACUUCCCCAGCGCACAGGAAGUGACACGCAGGACAGCGGCCAUGCCCAUAGUAACCAUAACAACCACACCGCCAGCACCAGCCUGGGACCCCAGAGUCCAGCGCUCACGCCCAUCAGCCGAGGUUUGACUGACAGAGGGUGGGGUGUUUAUCGUAGCAGUACUCCAGGAGGCAGCAGUGAGAGUGUCAAUGGAGAGGAUGGACAUGGACAAGGUCAGAUCCAUAAAGCUCUGAGCUCUACUCCAAGCCAUCAUUCAUCCCCAUUGGGGCUAACUAACAACUCCAGCUCCAGACUGGGACAAGGCCCCGGCCGCGAGGCCUUAGCGCGGCUGUUAUUUGAUGAAGACUCCCGCCACAACUCCUCUGACUCUGUGUUUGGUCAUCAUGGCAACGUGGGAGGUCGCCCGGGGUCAGCAGACUUCAGCCACAACACCUCCAGCUCCAACUCGCCUGUCAACUGCAGAGACCCAUCAGAUCGUCAGGCUCGCCCAUCCAGCCUCUCAAGUGAUGAUGUCGUGGGUCUCGGCCAAUCGCAACAGACUCUGUCACGUAGUUCCACCCUUCCAUACGACCACACACCGCAGAGGGCCCAACCACAGCGCGGAGGCGGGGUUAGGUCUAAGACCCGUCCAUCUUCCCCAGGAAGUGAGAUGGUGUCGCUGGAAGAGUUUCUACAAGAGAGCAACCUAAAGUCACCUCCUAUGGUGUCUACAGGAAGCAGGGAGGACUUGAUGACUGACUAUUUCACCAGAAGUCCCGCCCCCUCGGUUCCAGCUGGCAGAGAUCAGGUGACUCCCACCAGCUAUGUCACGCCCACUGUACAGUCAUCUAACCAGAGGCCAGGCCAGAGCGUCAAGCCCUCGCCCCGCCAGCCUGUAGGCCAAUCCCCGGCCUCGGGCAUGCCUGUCACCCAGAGAACUAGCCAGUCACUGAGCAGGACUUUCAGCCUGGCCUCAUCUGAUUUGCUGCGCUCCAAUGGACCAGAUAGUUUCCGUGGAAAUGAAGGCCAAUCAGAUGGGGUUGUUCCGAGACAAGGGGGAGGGGCUGGUUUGAGGGAACGACCGCUCUCUGCCCGGCUGGCUGGUCCGACCAAUCAGCAUGGAGACGGCAGCUUCCUAAAUCCGCCGAUUCACCACUCGUCCUCUCUCAAUCUGCAAACUGAGAGAUCCGCAGAGAGAGAAAGGGAGCGAGGGAGGACUCCCGUCUCUCGGAACGGCCCCACCUCAUCCUCCUCCUACCACCAUCGCGGAGAGGUCGCCAUGGUAACUCCUGUCAGGGCUGUGCCUGCCAUGCGGCCUGAUGAAGUCCCAGAGCAUGAGGAGGUGUCAAGGGAGGGGCGACAAGGUGACACCUCCCACGUAAAGAAAGAAAGUGAGAGCGCAAGGUGUGGCUCUGUCGAACGCCCAAAAAGCACGCCUGCUUCCCCUGACCCCAACAACGACCCUCAGACUGUGUGGUAUGAGUACGGCUGUGUCUAAACACUGACACUAAUGGAUGUUAAUGGGUGUGGCUGUGUCUAAAGACGGGGACCAAAUACUCAAACUACAGUCUGCAGGUGCUGAAUGAAUACUGGAGCUUUACAGGUCCAAACCCUCAGACCAGUAAUCAGUCUCUGGACUGUGCUCCUUUGAUUGUGGAUGAAUGUUAUAACUCUUAAAAGUCUAUGGUUAUGCUUUGCUAAAAUACAACAUCAACUGGAAAUGAGUCUAAAUCCUGGAGAACAAAGCCAAAUCUAAACACUUACACAGCUCUACGCGAAGGAGUCGUGAGUUUAUUUUGUGUUUUCCGGAGCUAACUUUUGUAGAUUAACAACCAAACCUGAUUCCAUACACCACCUGCCAAUACAGCUGAUUAAAACAGUCUAUCGGGAAGCUUCCUCAAGCUGCCAGGGAUGUCCGCUGCACCUAAACAAUCACGCCACACCUCAACUUCUGGAUCUACCAUUUUUCAUCACUCUCUCAUCUGAGGGGGUGUGAUAUAGAUUUGAGCUCAGUCAUUGAUGGUGUUUUUUUUUUUUUUAUAUAUAUAUAUAUAAGGAUUUAGACAUGAACACCACAACGCUGUAGAUGGUCUCGGACAAUGCUGGAAUUUAUUGACCUCUGCUGUUCUAUUAUCACCAUGUUUACUGUGAUUCAGCAAGCAGCCGGAGCCCACAGGAUAGGGUUUUUUUUUGUGGGGCAAAGAGCCACCAAAAGAGUUUUUUCUUUUUUUCUUAAACGGUGUUGCUAUUACUUUCUGUUUUUAAAAAUGAAUUGUGGAUGUUUUGGCCAGAUACACAGUCUGGCCCUGCUAGACGGCACCAAUUCUGCAGAACUGUAUGCCAGGAAUUAGCCAUCACAGAGAGGAGUGACUGAAGUGAAGUGAUGGCGACCACAAGCACCAGAGCGACUGAAUGUAUCAGAGUUCUCCUCCUUUUUCUGUCCUCCUUCUCUCCUCUGUUAUCUAGAACAAACACUGUAAAACAGUGGUGAGAGAAGGGAAGGAAAUGGAGUGAUUUAAGCAAAGAGCAAGCAAUAAACGGAGGGAUGUUGAGAUGGAGAGUUGUGGACAGAGGGAAGGACAGAUAUAGAGAUAGAUGGAGUGACGGGAGGACAGAUAGGUAAAUAGGGCAGAGAUGGAGGGGCUCCUCCCAGUUAAAUUACAGUCUUUCUCACUCCAUCUUUAGAUUCUGUCCCAGCAUGCAACACUCUGACACUUUACUGGAAAUGUUGCUCAGCCCGAGCCAACACUAGUUUCACACACACACACACACACACACACACACACACACAUGCACGCAAACACAAACAUCUAUAUAUAAUGAUAUAUACUGACACAGAGGAAUUGUCCUUCAGGGGCUUGGUUGUGGCUUCGCUAACCAUUGAGCUCGACUUAAUUCUCACACACACACACACACACACACACACACACACACGUACAUGCACACACACUACUGGGUAAACCACUGUGUUUUGGUAGGGUGUACUGCUGCACGCUAUGUUAGCCAACACAACAGAGAGAGAGAGAGAGAUUCAGGCUGAAUCCAGACCCACUGUGAUCUGGAUAGUUUGCAUGUAAUGAAUUGGCAUUGGCAAUAGUUUGGAGUUUUAGAAUAACUGGAUGCACCAGAGGCCUGUACUACGAAGCAAGAUUUGGCGUUAACGAAGUAACUUCCGGUUUAACCCAGGGUUUUGUGUAUCACGACGGUGGGUCACUUGUUACCGGGUUAAAUUGCCGUGGUAACUUAUGCUGAACACCUAACCUGGUCGGGAGCAGGUUAUGUUGGAGAUUAGAGAUCAACCGGUGGAAAAGCACCGCCUACUGACCAAUCAAUACUCGAUUUGAUAACACAGUUCUCAGAAGAUUUUACGAAGGAAUUACGUCUAGGCUGUUUGUCUUCUUCUUGAGCCGUGUUGUCAAUGCGCACAUCGGUUUGAAUUAUGUUUUUAUAUUUUUUUUAUUUGCUCUCACGAUCGCUUAGCACUGCCAGGGUUGCAACUGAAACAAUAGGCUAAAGACCUGCGUGAAGCUGUCAUCCAAAACAUCCCCUUUUUAUUUUUUUUAACCGCACAAACGUAGCACAAACGAAUGAGACCAUUUUGGGGAGAUUCAGACAUUAAUGGGGGGCUGGGUGAUGUCACGCGUGUAACCUGUAAAGUGUUAGAACUUAAAAAACAUAGUAGCACAAAUGUUUUUUUUUUUUUUUUUUAACAGCACAAAUUAG